CUGUGCACACCGCUUCCAGUUGCCUCUUCACCUCCUCCUGCUCCAGUCAGGCUGGACUUGAGCGGAUUUCUGGAGUUUCGAGAAAGCAACUCCUGCAAGUUCUACUAGGUUCCUGAACUUAAACUGCUCGUCGCUACAAAGGGCGGGGGACGCGUGGCGUGGGAGCUCUGGGUCCCGGCGCGCACCCACUGAGCUGCUUUUUCCCUCUCUUGCCCUUGUCAUGGAAGGGAUGGAGGACGCCGAGGCCGAUUGCUCUGUUGCAUUCGCGGAGGCUCAGAGAUGGGUGGAGGCUGUAACUGAGAAGAAUUUUGAAACAACGGAUUUUCGAGCCUCUCUAGAGAAUGGCGUUCUGUUGUGUGACUUGAUUAAUAAGCUCAAACCUGGCGUCGUUAAGAAGAUCAAUAGAUUGUCUACCCCAAUAGCAGGUUUGGAUAACAUAAACGUUUUUUUGAGAGCUUGUGAACAGAUUGGAUUGAAAGAAGCUCAGCUUUUUCAUCCGGGGGAUCUACAGGACUUAUCAAACCGAGUCACCGUCAAGCAAGAAGAGACUGACAGGAGACUGAAAAAUGUUUUGAUAACUUUGUAUUGGCUGGGAAGAAAAGCACAGAAUAACCCCUGCUAUAAUGGUCCCUAUCUCAAUUUGAAAGCUUUUGAGACUCUUUUAGGACAAGCUUUGACUAAGGCACUUGAAGAUUCCAGCUGCCUGAAAAGAAGUGGCCGGGACAGUGGCUACGGGGACAUCUGGUGUCCUGACAGAGGAGAAUUCCCUGCCCCUCCAGGUAGCCACAGGAGGGACGAUUCCUUUGAGAGCUUGGACUCCUUGGGGUCCAGAUCACUGACCAGCUGCUCCUCAGACUUCACUCUUAGAGGUGGGAAGGAAGGUUGCGAAAGUGACAUCGAUUGGGAAUUCACGUUCAAGAUGCAGGAUUAUAACAAAGACGAUAUGUCCUACCGAAGGAUUUCAGCCAUUGAACCAAAGUCGGCUCUCCCGUUCAAUCGUUUCUUGCCGAACAAAAGCAAGCAGCCAUCCUAUGUGCCAGCGCCUUUACGGAAGAAGAGGCCAGACAAACAUGAGGAUAACAGGAGGAGCUGGGCGAGCCCGGUCUACACAGAAACAGACGGGACAUUUUCAAGUACCCAGAGGAGAACCUGGGGUCCCAAGAUGGAGACCUGGCACACAGUCCAAGAAACCUCCACCUCCUCUUGGUGUUUAGAAGAGGAAGAGGAAAAAAUCACGCGCAUGCCCAACAUUGUGAAGGAUGAUCUCUAUGUGCGGAAGCUUAGCCCAGUCAUGCCAAGCUCAGGGGGUUCUUUUGAUCAGUUCCUUCCCAAAUGUUGGACCCCAGAAGAUAUGAACUGGAAAAAACUUAAAAGAGAGACUUAUAAGCCAUGGUAUAAGGAAUUUCAGGGAUUCAGAAGAAAUUCUGACUCUGAGAAUGAAGACUCGGGCUCUUUCCAAAGCUCCACCCUUUUUAGUAGACUAGAAAAGGCAGACCAUAGGUUAGACAGCAACUACCAAAGACCUUCGCUCUUGCUGGAGCUAGCCACCAAACACGCUGUGAGGUCACGGGACACCCGUGCAGCCAGGAGGACCAGCAGUGCAUUGGAGGAAUCCAGUCAGUUUUUAUUGCUUCAGGCCCUCCAAACCUACUCUGAUGACAUCUUGUCCUCGGAAACAAGUGUCAAACUCGAUCCUACCUCUGGCCCCAGGCUCAUAACUCGCAGGAAGAAUCUCUCUCCCGCACCAGGCUAUCGAGCCCAUGACCUGGAGCUGCCAGCCCUAGAUCCCGACUUAGAAAAUGACGAUUUCUUUGUCAGAAAAACAGGGGCUUUCCAUGCAAAUCCGUGUGUUCUUCGAGCCUUUGAAGACUUUAGAAGGUUCUCUGAGCCGGACGAUGCCGUGGAACGAGAUAUAAUCUUGCAGUGUCGGGAAGGCGAACUGGUACUUCCAGAUUUAGAAAAGGAUGAUAUGAUUGUCCGCAGGAUUCCAGCUCAGAAGAAAGAAGUGCCCCUUUCUGGGGCCCCAGAUAGAUACCAGCCAGUCCCUUUCCCAGAACCCUGGACCCUACCUCCGGAAAUCCAAGCGAAGUUUCUCUCUGUGCUCGAAAGGACAUGCCCACCCAAAGAGAAAAGCAGCGGCUGUAGAGUGUUAGUCCCUUCCUAUCGACAGAAGAAAGACGACAUGUUGGCUCGAAAGAUCCAGUCUUGGAAGCUGGGGACUGCUGUGCCUCCCAUCAGUUUCAAGCCAGGCCCCUGCAGCGAGGCCGACCUGCAGAAGUGGGAGGCCAUCCGGGAGGCCAGCAGGCUUAGGCACAGGAAGCGGCUGAUGGUUGAGAGACUCUUUCAAAAGAUCUAUGGUGAGAAUGGGAGCAAGUCCAUGAGCGAUGUCAGCGCGGAGGAUGUUCAGAACCUGCGUCAGGUGCGCUAUGAGGAGAUGCAGAAAAUAAAAUCCCAGCUGAAAGAACAAGAUCAGAAAUGGCAGGAUGACCUUGCAAAAUGGAAAGAUCGUCGGAAGAGUUACACUUCAGAUCUGCAGAAGAAAAAGGAAGAAAGGGAAGAGAUUGAGAAGCAGGCGCUUGAGAAGUCUGACCGCAGCUCCAAGACAUUUAGGGAAAUGCUGCAGGACAGGGAAUCUCGAGGUUCUACAAUUACGUCUCGGAGGAGGACCUAUUCCUCUGAUGACAUCCUGGAUGAUGGAGUGCCCCCUCCUACAGUGACUCUGUCAGAAACCAGUUACCAGAUGGAGAGACUGGAAGACAAGGCAAGAGCGCAUCCUGCCGAGAUGCCCAAAGAAGAUUUCACAACAUUUGCAAAUAGAGAGGACAGUGUAGUAGCUGAGAUUCAGCUUGCUUCUCAUACUCCUGAAGAGCAACGUCUGGCCCCUUCGCCCUCUGCAGAACCACGCCAGGCCUCUUUAUCUUCUGCAGAACUGCACCAGGUCCCGUUGCCUUCUGCAGAACCUUGUCAGGCCCCAUUGCUGUCCACAGAACCACGCCAGACCCCUUUGCCUUCUGCAGAACAACCACACCAGGCCCUUUUGCCUUCUGCAGAACUGCACCAGGCCUCUUUAUCUUCCUCACUACAGCGUCCAUCCUCACUCGCUUCUCAGCAGUCAUGGAGUACGAGAGGAGAGUCUACUCGUAUUUCAGCUUCUCUCCCUAGAAGUUACCAGAGAAGCGAUACAGCCAGGUUAACAUCUGUGGUCACAGCGAGACCUUUUGGCGCAUCAUCAAGGGGAAUCUCCUCACUGCCCAGAUCCUACACGAUGGAUGAUGGCUGGAAGUACAACGGAGAUGUUGAAGUUGUCAAGAGAGAGCAACUCGAUUCGGGCAGAGCCACUGGCCCGAAGCCUGACUCCAGCCACUUUAUUUCGGGCUCAGCCAGUGAGAAGGAGGUCAUAGCUACAGGAGAAGAUGCGGUGAACUUGCCCUCUCCCACACUCCCUUCCUCAUCACUCUCCCACGACCUGGCAACCUCUUCCAAAGCCACGUUCUCAUCAAUGUCUGGUCUGGAUUCAGUGUCUGACUCUGGAGAAGGAAGAGGCUCACCACUGAGGGAAGUUUCCAGGUCCCUGGAUCAGUUCAGUGAUAUGAGAAUCAGCAUAAACCAGACGCCCGGGAACAAACAUGCCUUUGGGUUUACAAUAAAAUGGGAUAUUUCUGGGAUCUUCGUCGCAUCAGUCGAACAAGGUAGCCCAGCAGAAUUUUCUCAGCUGCAAGUAGAUGAUGAAAUUCUUGCCAUCAAUAACACCAAGUUUUCAUAUAAGGAUACAAAAAAGUGGGAGGAAGUUAUGGCAAACGCCCAAGAAACUGGAAACUUAGUGAUGGACGUCCGGCGUUAUGGAAAGUCUGACUGGGGCAAAGACCAACCUUCCCUGCCAUUUAUACGGCAUAAAACCCUCAAUCUUAUCAGUGUGGCUACCAAAAUUAUAGGUUCACCUGAAACAAAGUGGAUCGAUACAACUUCAGGAAUUUACAACACAGACAAGUCUUCAAGUCUAUCAGUAACAACUGAUUUCUCUGAAAGCCUUCAGAGUCCUUAUACGGAAUCCAAAGAAAUCAAUGGAAUUCAUGAAGAAAGUAACACCUUUGAUUCAAAAGCAUCAGAAUCCAUUUCUUUGAAAAAUUUAAAAAGGCGAUCACAAUUUUUUGAACAAGGAAGCUCUGAUUCUGUGGCUCCUGAUCUUCCGGUUCCAACCCUCAGUGUCCCAAGUCGCUGGGCUUGGGAUCAAGAAGAGGAGAGAAGGCGGCAGGAGCGGUGGCAGAAAGAGCAAGAUCGCCUACUGCAGGAAAAAUACCAACGUGAGCAGGAGAAGCUGAGGGAAGAGUGGCAGAGAGCCCAACAGGAGGCGGAGAGAGAGAAUUCCAAGUACCUGGAUGAGGAGCUGAUGGUCCUAAAUUCCAACAGCAUUUCUCUGACAUCCCGGGAGCCUGUGGCCGCCACCUGGGAAGCCACGUGGAGUGAAGGGUCCAAGUCUUUGGACAGCGAAGGCACCCGAGCCGGAGAGGAGGACAGGGGACAGCUGGAAGACGAUGCUGUGUAUGAGGACCAAAGUCAGAAGCUGCAGGAACAGCUCCUGCUUGAGCAGGAGAGGAAUCGGAAGGAGCAAGAGGCUCAGGAAGAGGUGCACCGCAAGCAGCGGGAGGCCCUGGCCCAGGCAGAGGCAGAAGCCACGGCUCGGGCGGAGGCCCAGGCCCGGGCGGAGGCAGAAGCCAAGGCUCGGGCGGAGGCCGAGGCUCAAAAACGAGCUGAAGCUCAGAAGCUCCAGGCAGAGAGGGAACGUGAAACGUCGGUCAAAAUAUACCAGUACCGAAGGCCCAUUGAUUCCUACGACCUACCUAAGAGGGAAGAUGGCUCUUCAGGGAUGCUUCAAACUGACAGGAGUAAAUCAAGAUCUACUACGGAACUAAACGACCCUCUCAUAGAGAAAAAUGGAAGCAGCAAAUACUCAGAGAGAAUUGGGACCACUAGCUUUUCACAAAGGAGUUCUAAGAAGGAUCAAGCCCCCUCAGAAGCAGAGUUGGAGAGACAGCAAAUCCUUCAGGAAAUGAGGAAGAGAACAUCUCUCCACAACGACAACAGCUGGAUCCGACAGCGCAGCGCCAGCGUCAACAAGGAGCCCAUCUGCCUGCCUGGGAUCAUGAGGAGAGGGGAGUCUCUGGACAAUCUGGAUUCCCAGCGGCCGGGUUCUUGGAGACAGUCCCCUUGGCACAGCCAGCCUGCCGGGGUCUAUGCUUCUUCCUCUGUCCAAGACUUCAGUCGCCCCCCACCUCAGCUGUUGUCUACAUCAAACCGCGCCUACAUGCGGAACCCAUCCUCUGCGGUGCCACCUCCAGCCGGCUCCGUGAAGACCUCCCCAGGGUCUCCCUCUCCACGCAGCCAGUCCCCUUCCAUGUCACAGUCAGGCUCUCAGCUACGCAACAGGUCAGUGAGUGGGAAGCGUGUGUGCUCCUACUGUAAUAACAUUCUGGGCAAAGGAGCUGCCAUGAUCAUCGAAACCCUGGGUCUUUGUUAUCAUUUACAUUGUUUUAAGUGUGUCUCCUGUGGGUGUGACCUCGGAGGCUCUUCCUCUGGAGCCGAAGUCAGAAUCCGAAACCACCAACUCUACUGCAAUGACUGCUAUCUCCGAUUCAAAUCUGGACGGCCAACCGCCAUGUGAUGUAAGCCCCCAUUCGACAGCGCUGUUGCAGAUAGAAGAGGAAGCGCUUGUCACUGAUGCACAACUAUAAAAAAUGCUGGAUGGUUUUUCCCCUCUUUGUUUUUUUAAAAAAGGAAUAAUCAUUGCCUCGUUAGAUGACAUAGGAACACUGUGGUGUUGGUAGGACCUGUGUUUUUGUUGUUUAUUUAUAAGGAGGUGAUUAUGUGUGUAUGUGGGGUGGGGAGUGCAGUAUUUACCUUUUGAAUUCAGCGUCCUCAAAGCACAAGUGGAAAACAAAACAAAACAAAGCUCAAGAACUUAAAAGAAAAUCCUUCUCAUGCUAAUGAUAUGAUCGAUGAUCUCGCUUGACUCUUUAGUUUUUUUUCGAAGAAGGUAUUUUAUUUUAAUUUUUUUAAGUUCUUAAACAUUAUUUGAAAUAGUUAAUAUAAAUAUGAAACUGUGUUUGUUUAUUAUAAUGUAUUCUAAGUUAAUGUGGAAACCAUAUGAAAAAUUUCACUUAAAUCCACCCAUAAAUUUGCUUUUUUUGUGGUUUUCUUUACACGGAAAUAAUCCAAUUGAAAAAUAAUUUUGCUUCUGUAAUGGUUUAUUUGCUUGAGGAGGGCACUUGAUUUUCUUUACAAGGACUCUUGAUGCUAAGCAAAUGCCAGGAGAGGGCUGUUUAGUUUCAAUAAUGAAAAAUAUCCAUGGCUUGUAUACCAGUGAUUUCCUCCAGAAACUCGUGAGCUUUUCUGUUCCGCUGCCUUUGUAAAUAAACUUGGUGAUGCAUUUAAGGAAUGCUUUUUUAAACUAUUUAUUGUUUCUAAUUAUUUAAUGAAUUUGUGUUUCUAAAGAAUGUAGUUGUAUGUGUGUGUGUGGUGUGGCGUGUGUAUGUGUGUGUGUAUGUAUGUGUAAGAAGGUAAUUAUGUUGCAGGUAUGUGUAUGGCAUACUUAUGUGUGAUAU